AUGCAAUGUGCCAAGCGUAAAGAUAACGAAGAUAAUCGUGCUGCAGUACAGACCUGGGAAGACUUCACACAGGGAACACGAGCGUGCCGUAGAACAGCAGCAGCAGCGCUACCAACAAGCUCAACGGACUCGAGACGUUACAUUUGCCAACGAUCAUGGGUUCAGAAAGGAACACCAACCGGCUGCUUAUGGUUAUUCGAAACAGGUUACUAUUGUACCUUUCACGCCACCACCAAACUCCAAAAACUUGGACCACAAGUAGAUGCUAAUAAUGGACCCUCACAGUUGCAUACCCGACAACUUGUCAUACCGUACCCUUCUCUACAGACGGGGUUACGUCAAGUGGUACCAGGCAUUACCAACGUGGCAAAUGCUAUUGCUGGCCAAAUUCAUAGUCCAUCAAAUCGUAGUGACAAAUUCACGGCGCUCAGCACCUUUGGCUACGAUGCCCAUACGAGCUCUCAGUACCCGGAUAGUAUGCGAUUUGAUGACCCGUAUCCGACAGGUGGGAAUACUGAUGAAGUUCCAUUUAUAUCGGUUACGUCUCCAUUAGCUUCCAAGAGCUUGAUAGUCAACCAGAAAAAUGGAGUUCGAUUGCAAAACCAGGCAGCUGUCAACGGUGCUAUUGAGCAGAUCCCAGCGCCUGUAGUCGUGGCAACAUACACACGAACAUCACCACCCAGUCCAUCAGAAGCUCCAGCGAGUGCUGACGUGGAAUCUAAAGCUUUGGGAAGUACGAUGCAGUCUCGAAUCAAUGAUGUGUGGUGGACGGACACGAACGAUACAAUGUCUUCACGCAUUAGUGUGGGACCGACCGAUCGCCCGUAUUUGCUAGGUAAAACAGGAGGUCCAUUGAGUACCUAUGUCGCGCCUGGAGCGUCAAAAGCUGAGGAUUCGUACGCUUGGGGACCGACACGACGUUCAAGAUUAGUAGCAGGCAAUGUUUCGUCUCUGAACUCAUCGGCGUUGUCAAACUCGCUGCUCUUGUCACCUUCUUCUUCUCUCUAUAGUGGUCAAAGCUACGAAACACUUGAUUUUGAGGCAUUCAAAAGCGUCAAGUCAACGGUGCUUGGAGCCGUCCUUACACACGGUUCCAGCCGCUCCAUUGGCAGCGACUACUCUUCCGGCCGCUUUGAAGACACGGAGCGUUUUGGGUCAAGUGGUCUUGAUUUUAAACGGCAAAACAGCGGGAAUGAUUGUGCAAUGACGCCGAGAGGGCAGAUCAGGGGGGAUAUUGUCACUUUUGACCGCCGCGACUCCGUCGAAUUUUGA